CGGGUCCAGCUCCCGAAGCACUGACGGUGGCAGUACUGAGUCAUGCCGCGAUUUUCGAAGCCUGAAAACGCGCCAGCAGAGGAGACGGUCCGAAAAGUUCAGAGGAAGCCCAAAUGCUCGAGGUGUCGGAACCACGGCUUCGUGGUGACACUGAAGGGCCACUCGGGCGGCUGCCCGUUUGGGCUUUGCCGCUGCUGGAAGUGCUCGCUCAUCACCCAGAGGACGAGCAUCAUGGCGAGCCACCGGCGAAUGAAGAAAGCGCACAGGUUGGAGUGUCGCCGGGCCAGCGAGUCCAGAGAGGUGCGAUCGCGGGCCGGCGGGGGCAGUGGCCCCGAUCAUGCCGGCGGAGAAGCCGGUCCGGCUGUGUCCUCGAGCUCGCCUGUCAGAACGCAGAGUGUGACGAGGAUGACGCCGCCGCAGCUGGAGGCGCCGGGCGGCGGGGGAGCUUGCAGCGAGGUGUCAGGUGAAGGUCCGGAGGAACCCGCAGACUCACAGUGCGGCCGCGGGGACAGAUGUGGGACUCGGUGCCCUCGGACUCGGAGGGUCAGACGCCACCGUGACCGGGCGGGAGAUCCCUCGGUGGAGUCCGGCAAACCCCCACUUCCGUGUGGACUCUGCGUCGGCCGAGGUCUUCCAGAGGGAGCUCUAUCUGGGCGAGCUAAUGACCGUUCCUGUCCCAGUGAAGCCACUCACCUGCUACCCUGACAGCUACCCAAUCCUUGCACUCCUGCUAAACCCACCCCUGGCAUGGCCCAAGGGCCUUGGAGACCUUGACCUUAGGUUUCCCCAAUUUCAGCCCUACACUGUUCCCAAUUCCAUUGACACUGGGCCUUCACAUGUGCGACCAGUCCCGCUGUUUAUCCACCCCAUUGGGUUCCCACCAGGUGUCCAGGAGGAGAUGAACCUGAGACACUUUCCUGGCCCUGCAUUCCACAUGGAUGGGGACAGGAGGACAAAUAAAACAGAUGUGCAACUUCAUAGCAGCCAAGAAUCCAACGACA